GCUGACGUGACGACGGCCCGUCGGGCGGGUCCCGUGAUGGCCGCCGCCGCCGCGGCCGUCGUUCUGUCAGUCGGCGCGCUCCCGGCUGCUGCUGCCCCAGGACCGGCUCCCGGACGCCACCUCCGCGACGCCAUGGCCGACGACGAGAGCCCGGAGUCGGCCGGCGAAGGGUGAGUGCGGGGAAGGGGGGAGGGAGGCCGGUUCGGCGAAACAGGCGGGCGGAGGGACACACACGCAAACGCACAUACACACACACACGGCUACACGCAUGUAGGCGCGCCUCGGUUUUGUGCUGCGGGGGGCACCUGCGUGAGGCAGGUGCAAGUGCAGAGGAGGACGCCUUACGUAACUGCCCCCCCGCGCGCUCUUGUUAGCCCAUGUAAACACGAGGAAGUGCCCCCCCCAUCGCAUCCUUCCUGACCCAACUUGGGUAGCCCUAUGUUUUAUUGCUGGGAAUAAGGGGCUGAUUUAAAGGUCCUUUUUUACAAAAAGAAAAGGGGUGUGUGAGAGGUAGUGUUAUUUUAUUGCUGGGAAUAAGGGGCUGAUUUAAAGGUGCCCCCCUCAUCUUUUAUUUUAAAAAAGGGGUGUUGAAACCCAGCCAUCUUCCCCUGUGGUUCCCUCUCCAAAACAUUGAUUUGGGGAUGGAGUCAUGGGGAGAAGUUUGAUGCUGCCACAUAGGCAGGUAGGCUAGCAAGAUCUGUGCUGUCUCUCAAGCAGCUGGGCGGUUUUCCCAUAAAUGCUUCUCUAGAAAUGUGAGUUCCUUACAUCGUAGGCAUAACAAGUGUUUCUGGCGCCUUUGCGCUCCAAUAAUAAUAAUAAAAAUAAAAUUACUAUCUAUACCCUGCCCAUCUGGCUGGGUUUCCCCAGCCACUCUGGGUGGCACCCAAAAGAAUAUGAAAAACACAGUAAAACUUCAAGCAUUAAAAACUUCCCUAAACAAGGGCUGCCUUCGGACGUCUCCUAGUGAGGCCUUGGCGUUUGGGGGACCAGUUUGCUAAACCAAGGAAUCAAAGCAAGAAGGAAACCUUUGCUGGUGUGAAGUGUAUUGAGAGAGGGGUUUUGUAUAAGCGCCCUUAUACCAUAAUGGGCACAAGUCAUCAUGGUUGCACAGUUUUAAAAAAUGAUGUCUGGACAGGCCCUUUUUUUGUUGAGCUUCACAUUUUGAGGAUGUCAAGGGGGGGUUAAAUAUCUUGGUGAGUUCUGGCUCAGGUUCAACCCAUAUAAAGUGGUUCCUGCUGUUGUAAAUCAUCCCGCAUAACCCUUUCAUAAUAAAACCACCAUGUAUGGUUACUCAUAUGUGUGUGUAUAUUAUUCUAACUGUAUUGAUACACAAUGAUAGAUGCUGGCACAUCCAUAUACUGUGCUGACUCUAAAGCAGGUUUUUUGCUGUUUCCCCAUAUGGCUUCUCCAGAAAUCAUUCAAGUGCACUUGACAACCUAAAAAAUGCCUCAAUUUUAGCACAUGCUUCCAUAUGUACUCAAACCCCCACCUUCCGCUGACUUUAUCUUUUGAACUUCGUCUGCCCCCACUUUUUAUAAUUUUUGUAUAUGUAUUAUCCAUUUUGUACUUCCUUGUACAGUAUCUGGAUCUUCAGUCUGUCUCCUAAAAAAACACCUUUCAUAGACAUACUGCUUCUGCCUUCUCAGUCACUGAUAUAUAUUUAGUAGCAUCUUACCUAGAUAUCCUGUUCUCUUAGUUUCACAUAUUUCUCCAUCUUCUACAUCAGUUGUGUCUAUUAGCUCCCUCCUUGUCCUUCCACCAGCAGGUGAAGAAGACCUUAUUUCAACUGGCUUUUGGGAACUUUUAAUGAAAACACAGGCGCCAUGCUGUUUUCAUUGUAAUUAUCCAUAUGUUUUUAUAGAUCUUUAAUAUUUAUUCUAUUUAAUUGCCUAUUAGUUUUAUGUUUUUAGCUUUUUAUUUUAUUUCCUGUCAGGGAAAAAGGCAGAGAAUAAUAAUAAUAAUAAUAAUAAUAAUAAUAAUAAGACUGAGUGGUAACAGCUCUCCUGCAUCUCUUCAGGUCAUCUUCUAUCAGAUACUUUUAUGAAGAAAUGGCAGGGGGUGUAUUUAGAACUUUCUGUGUGAAAAGCAUGUGCUUUACCACUGAGCUAUAAUCCCCACUUUCCCAUUCCUUCCAUCUUUUCAAAAUACAAACCCAACUCAAUAAAUACUCAGUAUUAUGCUUUCUCAAAUUCUCCUUGCCCCUCUAAGCUUCCUGCUGUGUACCCUCAAUUAUUCUUAUGUAUAUAUUGCAAAAUAGUUUAUUCUUUACAUUUACUUCCUCUGUUACUUACAGUAGCUUAUCCCAAGUAUAGAUUACAAUAGUUUAUUUGUUCUCCUAGAACUUGUACUGUUGGCCUUUGUAUAAUUAGAUCACAAUGCACGUUAUGUGUUAAGUACCUGCUGUCCUGGUUAUUUCAGUUCCUUGAGUUUGUCUGUUCUCCAUGAUGUAUAUGUUCUGUUCUGCCACAAAACAAUUCCCACAAAUCAUGGUUGUCUCCCAAGUGCACACUUGACCUACGCAAACCAAAAAUGACAAAUUAAUGCUUAGUUUUGAUAUAGCAUUUGAGGGGAUUCAAGCUGUUUCGUGUGCAUUGUUUCUGUAAUUUGUAUAAUCCUCCUUCAAGGCAGGUAAGAUUUAUGUGCUUAUUGCAAAAUGGGCAUGGACUUUCUUGUAAGUUCAUAGCUGGUUUGAGAUUUGAACUAGUGGUUAGAAGUUUUUCUUCUUCUCAUAGAACUGUAGAGCUGGAAGGGAUCCUGACGGUCAUUUAGUCCAACUCCCUGCAAUACAGGAAUCUCAACACAUGGUCCCCCAUCCAAUUUGAAGCCAUACCAGACCCUGCUUAGCUUUGCAAAUGUUCAGUAGUUUCUGUGAAGUGGUAGAGUCCUGUUCAAGUCAUAACAAGCUGAGUCUGGGAAGACUUUGGAUAGAUAUAAAGAAGCACUUCACACAGCUCGUAUCUAAAUUAUGAAAUUCAUUACCAAAAUAUGUAGUAAUGACUAUCAAUUUGGAAGCUUAAAAAGGGAUCAGGUGAAUUCAUGGAGGAUUAAGCUGCCAAUGGCUAUUAACCAUUAUAUCUAUAUGAUGCCAAUAUAUAUGUGAUAUGCCCCUGGAUAUCCGUUGCUGGAAAGCCCAAGUGGGGAGGACGCUGUUGUGCUCCUCUUAUUAUUAUUUUUUAUAUAUAGUCUCUUUGCCACAGUGCCACACCAGUUCAAAAAACUAGUUUGAACUACCUUGCCCUGUUGGACAUGCCCAAUAAGACAGUCACGUCUCUUGUUCUGGGAAAUGAAAUCAGUGAAAUACCUGUGUGAUAUUUGAUGUCAUAUGACUGAUUUGCGUGGUAUUAAUUUCUAUUGCUGUACUUAGUCACAUUCUACAGGAUGAGCCAGUCAUGUAACCUCUGCCCCCCAUUAUGUGUUUCUUCAGCAGUUUCGUUAUGCCCAGCAUUGUGGUAGAUCAAGAAUAAUGCAUGUCAAAAUUGCAUGUAGAAUCACAGUGCUAUGAGGAUUUUAAACUGUACAUGCUCCUCUCAAUGGCUCUUUUGGUAAGGGUCAAACAGAAAUCUUUAAUUUGGCUGCUUCUGCUUUGGAGAAAAAAGUGUUAAUGGAUGGAUUGUUAAUCAUAGUCAGUUGCCUGUUUCCUGCUAAAGACCACUCCCUCCUGGCUGCUUUUUACCCCUAAAAGCAGGCAUAGGCAAACUCGGCACUCCAGGUGUUUUGGGACUACAGUUCUCAUUAUCCCUGACCAUUGGGAGUUGUAGUCCAAAAACAUCUGGAGGGCUGAGUUUGCCUAUGCCUGCCUAACAGUGAUGCUUACUAUAAUCAACAUCUCUGCAGGCAAAGAGCAGCCAGAAUGGGAGGAGUGAUUUUCAGCAGAAAGCAGGCAUGGGCCCCCGAUCCAAAUUUGGAACAAGUUCCAGAUUGGAGUUUCAGCUGCAAUUUCACCAUUAAUGGCACAACACAUGUGGCCUGACAUUAGGGCUGGACAAUAUCUCAUCCAAAACAUGUUUCAAGUCCAUAUUGUAAUAUUGGUUUCACAAUUUUAGAUCUGGCAUUAUAUCACUUAUCUUAAUUGUGCUGUGCAACAAUCACAAUGUGGGGAAACCGUGAAGCCAACCAGUGCCUCUGCAUAGCCCCACCCUUAUUUCAGAUAUUGUGAUAUAUCAGUAUAUUGAGAUGUUGAAAACCAGGUAUCCCCCAGCCCUGCCUGACAUACACUUGACCUUUUUUUGGAGGGGUACAGAGCAAAUCAGGGGCUCAUUUGUGAGUUCGUUGUGAUGAAUAGAUCAUUCCCUGGUGGAGUUUAGGCUGGGUAUUGCACCCUACUAGGGUUCCAUCUAUAUUGGAGCAGUCUGGAGUAUUGUGGCCUGAAGAUGUGGACAAGCUGCUUGAAGUGCUGCCAAGGACUGAUUAUUGCUUCACUGGAGGAGGGAGAAGUUCCAUCUGCCUUGAAGGAAGCAGUGGCGUACCCACUCCUCAAGAAGACCUCCCUGUGUCCCUUUGGGGCAAGGUGUUUGAGAGAGUGGCAGGCUCCAGCUUCCAGCUGGAGCCAUAACAUUGAUGGCCUAGCCAUAACACUGAUAAAGCCUUCUUUGCCCUAGUUGACUCCAUCAGCUGGGAGAGAUACGGUGAUAGGUGUGACCCUGGUUGUUUUGCUUGAACUUUCAGCAGCUUUUUAUACUGUUGACCACAGUAUCCUUCUGGAGCACAGUACUUCAGCGAUUCUGUUCCUAUCUCCAGGACAGCUUCCAGAAAGUGAUUAUGGAAGGCCACUGUUCCACACCAUGGAAACUGUGGUGUGUUGUUUGUCAGGGUGUUGUCAUGUUCCCCAUACUGGGCGCUAUCCUCAGUAGUUUCGGUGUGAUCAAUAUGUAGAUGACACCCAGGUCUGUUUCUCUGCUCCAUCUGAAUCAGGGCAUUUAAUAUACCCUUGACAAUAGGAAGCAAAUGUAGAUCAUGGACUAGUAUGAGGAUUUGAGAUAUGAGACUGAAAAGCUCAUUAAAAGGAGGGCUGCCGAUUCCACACAGUGCUAUAUAGCUUCAGUUGUAGCCUUCAUCCCUCUGCAAGUAAAAAGAAUACCUUGGGGGUUUAUUUUAUUUUAUUGUUUGCCACUCUAGCAGCUUGGGGAUCCAACCCAGGUGGGUCUGUGGCAGUUCAUGUAAGCAGCCUGAAUGUACUAGUGCAGCUUGUUGGUCUCCUGUCGUGCUUUUCAGAAGGCAGGCAGCUAGCCAUUGGUUUGAAUACAACCAAUACCUGAGACAAUAAGGAACUUGCAUAAAAUUGAUGUCGCAUGGAAGGAUCUUAGCUCAGUGGUAUAGCAACCGCUUCACAUACAGAAGGUUAGCCAUUUUUGCUGCUGCAUCACACUGUUGACUCAUGUUAAGCUUGUGGUCUACUAAGACCCCUAGAUCCUUUUCACAUGUACUACUGGCAAGACAGGUGUCCCCCCCCCCCCCCGUUGUAUAUUUGUGCAAUUGGUUCUUCCUGCCUAAGUGUAGACCCUGUUGAAAUUCAUUUUGUUAGUUUUGGUGCAGCUUUCAAAUCUGUUAAGGUCAUCCUGAAUCCCAAUUCUGUCUUCUGAGGCAUUAGUUACCCCUCCCAGUUUGGGGUCAUAUGCAAAGUGGAUGAGCAUCCCCUCAGAUCCUUCAGGCAGGUCAUUUAUAAAGACGUUGAACAGCAACAGACCCACCCAGAACAGAACUCUGCGGUACCCCACUUGUCCUUUUUUCCAGGAUGAUGAGGAACCGUUUGUAAGCACUCUUUGAGUUCAGCCAGUCAACCAGCUACAAAUCCACCUAACAGUUAACCUCAUCCAUUUUGCCAGCUUUUCUGCAAACAGAUCACAGGGGACUUUUGUCAGAAGCCUUACUGAAAUCAAGAUACACUACGUCCGCAGAAGAUUAUUAGAAUUGGUCCUAAUAUCAUGGAGGCUGAGAAAACAAGAGAAACCCUUAAAUGGCCUAUCUUAUUUACAAUCUCAUGUUGGUGUUUGGCAAGUCAAGGGCCAAUGUAAUUCUCCAGUUGUGUGCCUAGAAAACUCCGGGUGGACGAAUUCUCUUCUAUAAUAAUUUUUCCCCCUUUGAUUGCUUGAGUGCCAUCUUUUCUCAAUACAAAGUUCAAGAGGCAAUAAUUAUACAAGGAAAGAGCUGUUUUUACCUCUGACCUAAUGUAGCAACGUUCUGCAAUUAUCUGCCAAGGGCUCUUGGAACAGCUGGCGUACAGAACACUUCCUAGAAAUAUUGUGCAGUAGCUCCCUCCCCUCUCCCUUGGUAUUCCUCUCCAGGGUAGGAACUAUAACCCACUACUUUGUUUUAAAGAUAAACUCGCAGAAGCGGAUUAAAUGUACCCACCGUGAGGAACGAAGCCCCAUCUGAGAUCUCUUCGGAAUGAACUACCUGUCAGGAGCAGCUUGAUAAACAAUGGUUGCGGCGAACAUGGUGUCUUUAAUCUGCAGCAGUAUAUGUGACUCUGAUAGUUUAACUGCCCAUAGUGCAAGCGACUCAGAUUAUCCCAUGUCACUUCAAAGUAAUCUCGAUCCAGCACCAGGAGCUGUCUCCACCCUCUGUACCAUGGUACCGUUUUCCUUUCUAUGGACCUGUUGUUGCUGUUGGGUCUUGAGAUCCAUUUCCUCUUGCAAACUCUCCUGCUAGCAUCCAAUGAGGGCUUUAAUUGGAUGCCCACUCUUUGGCUGUGUUCCCCAGCCAAAGGAAAAUGAUGUAUACUUAUUAAUGUGAAUAAACUCAGGCCUCAGUAAUAUUUAUUGCAUGGAUUAAUUGUGUUCCACUGUGUUCCAUUUGGAUCUUCUGAGCAGUUACUGAGAUCUGAUAUAAAAUUGGAGCUUCAAAUCCUGUCUUCAAUUUUUGGUAGUUUCCUAAAUAAUUUUAGCAACUUUGCCCACUGCCUCAGCUCUACACACACACACACACACACACACACACACACUCACACUCAGUGUGUUCUACUGUUCUAUUUAUUUCGUUUUAUUUUUAAAUUGCAUUCUCACACCUGACUCUACAAUAUGAGGGAUGUGGUUUUGUGCUGACAUUACUUGCAACGUGGCCCUUGAAUUACUAGGUUAUGCCUCAGGUUAUUUUUUGCACAGUGUCAUUGUGUGACGACUUAAGGGUGCUAUGUGGUGGUUACUGGUUUUCCUGGAGUGUGCUCAUAUAUACCAUCACAGGAUGUGGUAGUAGCAUGAUGCCAAAUUUAUUAUACCUCAGUGAAAAGUCUUAUGAACUGGUUCAUUACACUGAAUGCCCAGGAGGCAUUUGGCUAUAUCACUGUGCUUUUUUAAUUAUGAAACCUGACUUUCCAUAUAUUAUGUCCCUUACUCCUCUCAUGUCCUCAUGGGCAGGAGAUGACUUCUGUUCUGCCCCACCCCGCCUUUCUCCUUUAUAUAAGCCAGAAAGCAAACUGAAUGGAAAUGCUCUUUAAAAGAAUGCUGUGCUGUAUUCAAAAGGUUUCAUGUUUCUCCAUGUCAGUCGGCUGUAAAAUUCUGUCAUCAAAGUAGAAUUUAAAAUGUGCUGCCUCCACAGUGCCGCAUUUUAUACCAGUGCCAGUUUCAACUUCGUUCCUGUGCAAACACUAAAGACCACUGCGGCCAGAUCUUCAAUUCUCUGUCUCUCGAAAUCGCUAUCUCCAUUCACAGUAAUGCUUGGCUAGCAAAGCAUGCUGGAUUCUGUCACUUCCUUUCUGCGACAAGACAAUCAUUGAGCCCUGUGUGGAAAUCUGGGAAUAGGAGCGGUGGUUGUUUAAGGUUGCAAAAUGAAGUGUCGUGGUUUAAACUGGAUUAACUUUGUAGAAAAUGUUUUCCUCGUGCAAAUAAACCAGGCUUGUAUGAAGGUCAGGAUACUGGCAUGGUUUCCAUAGUAGAACGUGCUGACAUUCCUUAACUACUUUUAUUUUUAUUUUGUAUUUCAUUUUUCACAUAUGUUUGUAGUGUGCCACCUGGCAACUAAAUUAUUGACGUGAAACAGCAUUCAAGACAUGGGCCUACUUAGCUUCAUGCAGAGGGCAUGAUCUAGCCCAGCAAAAUGUUUCCCUUGACUAACGAACCACUGUGCCAUAUCGGAAACUUCUUUGAAGCGCCCUCAUUUUAAAAGACAACUUACUAUGCAGCACCAGAGCUACACAUGAGGGGAAGAAGGAAUCUGAAGGUCCCUUUGGCUCAUGGAGCUUCACAGUUCUUUAGAUCCUGUCUGUGAUCUUCACUACUUUAUCAAUAUAUCUAACGUCCCUAUGCAUCAAGUUGAAGAAGCCACAGUCAAGAAAGCUUGGGCUUGCAUUUAUUCAAAAUAAUAUUUUUCUAUCUAAAUUUCCUCUUUCAGCCUAUUGAUUUGCUUCGGAUUUGCGGACAGGUUUGUCUUGGUCAGGGUAUCUUGGCAAAGUAUCACGAGCUGUAGUGUCCCAGCUAAUUUGCAAAUUCAACCUCAGAAAAGCUCACACAAGAAACUGUUUUCCUCAAAGCAGUGGGCAAGCUGCCAUUUUGGAGGUGUAAAUGCUGAAUUUGCCAGCUUUGAGAAUAGAUGUGACACAGCCCUUAGAUUUUGCAGAUGAUCAUCUGUUGUGGUCUACUUCUACACUUGGGACAGAAUUGUCUGUUCCCACAUGAACUUGCCUGUAAGUUAAGAUCUUCUCCAUGUGCCCCUACCUUCAGAGGUUAAGUGGGUGCUGCUGGAGCAGAGGGCCUUUCCAGUGGUGGUCUGAAUUGUGGGACUUAACUCGCUAGACACGUUUGCCUGGUUUGCCUUCUUUUUUUCUUUUUUGGUUGGAAUAAAUUUAUUUCAUCUGUCUGUAAACAAGGUGUUUAAUAGUUAUCACAUUUUUUGAAAUGCAUAUUAAAUCAGAUGAAUUAGACUGUAUCCCAGAUGUAACAAAGUUCAGGGAAAUAAAUGGACAAAUCAGCAGCAAGAAUUUGUUUUAAGUCUGUACCUUAUCCACAAAGGCCCGAACAAUAGAAGCAAAUACUAGUGUCUCUAAAGUAGUGCCAUUCAGAAGAAAUCUUUCUUGUCAGUUAAAAUCCAUCUCACAAUAGCAACAGUUCAUUUUUUAAAAACAUUAGUAUGGCACAGAAUACAUUAAAAAUUCAUCACAAGACAGCCAACUCAGUUAUUCCAACCAAGACCAUCUUCCAUUUUCUCUUUUGUAUACAGAGUUCUGCAGUUCUCUUUUAAAUGGACAUACAAGUUAGUAAUGUGCUCAAACUGACAAUUUGGUUACACGUGUUUCGGAUGACUAGUGCACAAGGCAGUUCACAAUUUCUGCAGCAAGGGCAUAACAGGCCAAAUGAAGAUUAGAUUUGAAAUGGCAUCCGUUUGGACCGUUUUAUCUUACAACUACCAACCUUCAAAACAUACACUGAUAUCAGAGCAGCAAAUCUUAUUUCUCAGUUGAUGAUCUGACAGACUGAUCUCAGACUAGGCUAUAGGUGUAUAGCUGGAGGUGGUAGUUUGUUGACAAUGACAACCCAAAGCUGCAAAUCAAAUUGGUCCUAUGAAAAAAUGAAACCGAACACACUCCAGAUGGUUACACUGGGAUAUCUAAAGUCCAUGAUGGCAGCCUUUUUACAUUUCAACUACAGAACAGGAGCUGGCAAAAACAAAAUUACGUGCCUGAGCUAUUGCAGUGAUGGAAUGUCCCUGGGGAUUCAUUCAAGAUGGGCAUGGUGGUGAAGGGGAGGGGAGGGGAGAAGACCAUCGGCACCUUUUCAUAGUUUUGCAGUUACCCUUUUAAAAGCAGAAUGCGCUUCAGACACCAUGAAGAGUUUUGCAAGUCUACACAGAAGAGCAGCAACAAAACUAAAGCAACACUUGUGACAGCUUUCAAGCAGCAAAUUGGUUAAAUAAACCAGGCACUGUAUUUAAAAAUGUAUAUACAGUGGUACCUCGGGUUAAGUACUUAAUUCGUUCCGGAAGUCCGUACUUAACCUGAAACUGUUCUUAACCUGAAGCACCACUUUAGCUAAUGGGGCCUCCUGCUGCUGCCGCGCCGCCAGAGCACAAUUUCUGUUCUCGUCCUGAAGCAAGGUUCUUAACCUGAAGCACUAUUUCUGGGUUAGUGGAGUCUGUAACCUGAAGCGUAUGUAACCCGAGGUACCACUGUAUAUAGAUAGAUAGAGAUGGAAGCAAACAAACAAAAAAGAAGAGUGGAUUAAAGGUAAGGACAAGGGGGAAGAAAGUAGAGAUAUGCAUGCACUUUUCCUCUCCCAACCAUGCUCUACAAAAGGAAUGAUGAGCUGGGCAAUUGCUCAAAGUGCUAAGGAGACAUUGAUCAAUCUGGAUUGUACAAUCGGACCUUAUCUAGUUUAAUUUAAAUUGGUUUUGUUCUCAAUGUCACACCAAUUGCUAAGACAAGGAAUGCCUGGACUUAGCAUGAUUGCCUCCCAAGGCUUCAAUGUAUCAUGCAUAUCAUCUUUUGUGUUGCAAAAGAUGGUGCCAGAUACAGAACAUGGGGGGGGGAGAGAGAGAGAGAGAGAGAGAGAAGGCAGAGGGAGAGCAGCGGACGAGACUCUGGUUUGCUGCCUUUAUCACCUUUUAGGCAGCAUCUGGGGGGAUGCUGCAGGGUCUUCUCGCUAUAGGAAAACAGGUUAGUUACUUGAAGUUGCAGUGGGGGUUUACUAUCCUCAAGAAGACAAAAAAGAAAGAAGUCCUUAGUAUUUGACACUUGGACUACUGCAAUGCGCUCUACGUGGGGCUACCUUUGAAGGUGACCCGGAAACUGCAAUUAAUCCAGAAUGCGGCAGCUAGACUUGUGACUGGGAGCGGCCGCCGGGACCACAUAACACCCGUCCUGAGAGAUCUGCAUUGGCUCCUAGUACGUUUCUGAGCACAAUUCAAAGUGUUGGUGCUGACCUUUAAAGCCCUAAACGGCCUUGGUCCUGUAUACCUGAAGGAGCGUCUCCACCCCCAUCAUUCAGCCCAGACACUGAGAUCCAGCGCCGAGGGCCUUCUGGCAGUUUCCUCAUUGCGAGAAGUGAGGUUACAGGGAACCAGACAGAGGGCCUUCUCGGUAGUGGCGGCCACCCGGUGGAACGCCCUCCCUUCAGAUGUGAAGGAAAUAAGCAGCUAUCUUCUCUUUAAAAGGCAUCUGAAGGCAGCCCUGUUUAGGGAAGUUUUCAAUAUUUAAUGCUGUAUUGUUUUUAACACUCGAUUGGAAGCCGCCCAGAGUGGCUGGGGAAACUCAGCCAGAUGGGCGGGGUAUAAAUAAUAAAUUACUAUUAUUAUUAUUAUUACUUCCUUCUCUGUAAUAAAGAACAUCUUUCUUAAAAAUAUGAAUGUACUUUCUCCAGAUGGGUUGCAUAAAACUCCAUACACUGCUCAUUUUCAGGAGAGAAUUGUUCUUAUUAAUGGGAGGAGUGACAAGUCUGUAUCUGAAUCCCAGGCAUACUGUUCUAAUUGUAGUGCUGAUGAAUCUCUAGGGUAGGUUGUUGGAGGAUCCUAAUUUAGGGCGGGGAGGAUUAAAAAUGGAUUAGUGAAAUUUAUGGAGGAUGAAGCUGUCAGUGGCUACUGGUCAUGAUGGCUAUAUUUCUUCCAUUGUUGGCAGCAGAGUGCUUCUGAAUACCAGCUUCUGGGGAUCUUGAGUGGGAGGGCUAUAACACAGUGUUCGAAAAUAGCCAGGCGCAUUAAGAAAUGAAAUUAGACAGGCGCAUGAACUAUAUCUAAGGUUCAAGUGCAGCUACCUCCAAGGUUUGUUCCUGUGCUUUCAAAAAACUGGAUGCUUUUUAAAAACUAUAUUUUAGUUUACUUUUUAAAAUCAUAUUCUAUUUUAGAUACGUAGCCCUACUUCAAAACAAAGUAGCUCAAGGCAAAACAAUAUUAAUAAAGACUUGGGUUUAGAACAUCACGCAUAGUACUCUGUGCAUGCACAGAGCAGUUUUCAGUUCUCUUCUCUGGAAACAGCCCCUGCAUCCCCCAGAAGCCUCUCCUGAAGGUCGGGGAACUCUCCCGAGUCACAGCCCAUGAAACAUAAGGGGCUGCCUGCAUAUCUGGAAAAUUAUCAAGUGUUUUGCCUGCACAUGUAGAUCUCCUGGUUUCCAGCCGUCCUCUGCUGUAGAUAUGCUACAAUAUGACAUCAUGAGUAGUCUGUGAAAUAAUUUGUAGUACUAAAAUGUUGACCGCAUUGGCAUUUUGAUGAUGGUUGAAGAACUAACUGAUACUAUGCACAGGAAAAGGGUGGUUUGUAACAUCCAGGUACAAAAAAGAAUUGAGUGACUUGCAUGUACAUUUUGAGGGCAGGAAGUACGCAUUUAUGACUGUGAGCAAUGGACUUUGAUUUCUCUGUUCCAGCACAGUUGAUUCAUUGUACCACCUCUACUCAGGCAAUAUCUGCAAAGUUUAUGUGUCGCUUGCCUAUGUUACAGACAAUCUUAAAGGUAUUAGUACACAGGUUUACAAAUGUGAGAUGAUAGGUUUGAGGGUUUGCUGUUGACAUGUUUAAUAGAACAUGUGGUCACUCACUUAAUAUAUAUAUAUAUAUAUAUAUAUAUAUAUAUAUAUAUAUACACACUCUGCUAGAUCAGUUCACCAUCUAGGUUAGUAUCCCCGUAGCUGUCAGCAACCAAGAGUUGCUGCAAAACCCCCAAACCAAUGUAUGAAAGCAGUGAUCCUUAUCCUUUGCCCUCAGCAACCAGUAUUCAGUGAUGUGCUGGCUCUGAACCCAGACGUUGCAUUGAACUGCUAUGACUAAUAGUAUACCCCUCUCCUCCAUGAAUUUGUCUUAAUCCCCUUUAAACGCCAUCACCAGUAGCAGUCUGGUGACACCUUGGCCCACGAAUUCUAAUGACCAUCCUCAAUGGCUUCCUAUAGAUCAAGAGUUUCCCAAACUUGGGUCUCCAGCUCUUUUUGGACUACGAUCCCCAUCACCCCUGAACACUGGUCCUGGUAGCUAGGGGUGGUGGGAGUUGUAGUCCCAAAACAGCAGGAGUCCCAAGUUUGGGAAACCCUGAUAGAGAUAUUGGUGGCAGGAUAGCGCCCUACAGGACACCAAAAGUGCCCCCUUUUCCGGCCACUUCCGGUUCACUGCGGUGCACACAUGCGCAGUCAAGCAUCAAUCGGAUGCACGUCAAUUGGGCGUUGCUUGUACUUUAAAAUUGCAAACCACCUUGGGUACCUUGGCACAGAAAGGCAGUCCAUUAAUGCAAUACAUUAAUUACGCAGGUGUUUGCAAUCUCUUUGUGAAUUGCAGGCCUGGGGAAAAAUUGUCUGAUGCUUCCACACAUGCAAGAUAUUAUGAAACGUAUGUUUGUACAUCUUUUAAAAAUCAGAUCUUAAAAUUUUAGAGACUUGGCUGUUUUGCUGUUCCGGUAGCAUGCAACUUAUGCACAUUUAACUUGUCUGCAUUCAGUUUUACAUGCUUGGCAAAAACAAACAAAAACCGUUUUUAAGAGGGCAGGAGUCUGGGAAAUAAGAAUUUGGCAGUCCUGCCCACCAUUGAACCCAGUGUGUUUUUACUAGAUGUGGUUUUGGCUGUAUGCACUUAUCCCUGGAACGUAUACCCCGUGUAAGUUAAAGGUAAAGGGACCCCUGACCAUUAGGUCCAGUCGUGACCGACUCUGGGGUUGUGGUGCUCAUCUUGCUUUAUUGGCUGAGGGAGCUUCUGGGUCAUGUGGCCAGCAUGAGUAAGCCGCUUCUGGCGAACCAGAGCAGCACACAGAAACACCGUUUACCUUCCCUCCGGAGCGGUACCUAUUUAUCUACUUGCACUUUGACGUGCUUUUGAACUGCUAGGUUGGCAAGAGCAGGGACCAAGCAAUGGGAGCUCACUCCGUCGCAGUGAUUCGAACCGCCGACCUUCUGAUCGGCCAGUCCUAGGCUCUGUGGUUUAACCCACAGCGCCACCCACGUCCCACUAUGUAAGUUUAGAAUUGCCUAUACUCCAUUUCAGAUACGCUUUAAGGAACAAACACGCACAAAAAAUGGCCAGAUUCCAGGUGGCUGUAUGUGGUGCUUUUUGCACAAACAUGAGCUUUUCUGACCCCUUUGCUGCUGCAGCUUUCUGUCCACCCAUGCCCCUGCAAAAAAAAAACCCCAAACCAACCCAGUCCCCUCCGGGCAAGGUGUGAUGCAGCCAGUGGGCAAGGGGGAUUGACGACGCACAUUAUUGGUGCAUGUGGCUUUCCAUAGAUAUAUUUUGCUUUUUAGAGCUCUAGCCUCCGUUACCUAGAGUGAACCUUUGUCAAACUUAUUUCCCUUUGCGUGCGCACGUUUAAAUGAAGUCAGCAGGAGGAAAGAUUGAGAAAUAAGUUGUUUGUGUAAAAGUUUCAUUGAGGUCAAGGCCUUUGGUGGCAGAAGGGGUUUUUGUUUUGUUUUUUCAAAGGUCCCAGACCACGGUCUGAAGGUAUGUGAUAGAUAACAGCAGGCUUGCUGCUGUUAAGUGGGUCUGAUUUUGGUCAGUGCUUGCCUGGACAUGAAACUGCCUGGCCAGUCUGUGUACCCUGCCUUGAGUCUCGUGACGAGAGGGAGGCUAGAUAUAAAUGUAAAAAUUAUUGUCAUUUAUGUUACGUGUGGUGGUUUUUUAAAAAAAAUAAAAAAGCAUAUGCUUGUAUGCAUAUGUAUGGAGACAAUAGGUGCACUUAACAAGCAUAUUGUAUAAAAUUUGGUGUGUGUUGUGUGUAUAGGUACACACACACACACACACACACAGCUGGUCAGUUGCAUAACUAAUGGCUAUGGACUUUCCUCGGACGUGACCUGUUUUAUAUCCUGUACCAUAAAACUUUUGUGUAAGGUCAUGAUUCAAGCUAAUAAUGCUCACACACAAAUAAAUGAGAUAAAGUGUUUCUUCCUACCCUGUGCUAUAAUUAACUACCAAGACGGCAGUUGUUUUCCUGCUUUGCUGUACUGACCUGACCACUCCUUUUCAUGCCCUUACUCCUAACCACCAUCCCACAGCAGACCUGUUUUACCCCAGAUGUGGGUACCAUGCAAGAGGUGCUUUUUGGAUUCCCCUAAUGAGGCUAAAUUUAAUUAUCACUGAUUUGUGAGGUACCAGAUGUUACUAAAUGUUAUGAUCUGCGGUCCUUGAAGUUUGUGUGACUAGAACUGGCUGUGACUGCCACCGGCUUUUGACGGCAAGGUGUAUAAGCAGUGUUCGAAAUUAGCCGGGCACAUUUUGCACCUGACUAUUGGCCACUUGCGAUCAAGUGAAGAUGUCUGGGUGCCUGGAUAGCACCUGACAUUUCCACCAUCUGGAGGUGCAUGCCUGGGACCUGGACUGCUUUCACAUACUAAUACCUCGUCCUGUAGAAUAUGAUCAGUUAUAUUUUAUCUGCAUAAUCAGAAUGAAUUCAAGGAAGCAAAAUGCUUCUUAUGCGCAGCCUGAGCAGGAGCGGUGAACGUUAUAGCUAAUUGUUGUAGCUUUUCUUUACCUACCCUACCCCACCCCAUUGCCCUGCUCACAGUUGUUCUUCUGUUUUGAAUAGUAGGAAUAGGCCAGUGUGUGUGUGUGUGUGUGUGUGUGUGUGGACCUGUCCCUGGAUCAAGUGACUUUUCUUCUUUAAGUUCUCAAAGUUCUUAACGUAGCUGAAUGUUGUCAACUGAACUAGCCAGAUGUUUAACUUAGCAUCAAUCACAGUCAGUCCAUCAUUUGAAAAAUAAGACUUUAGGGCCGUCUUGCCCCAAAAUGGCAACUAGACAUCCUGUUUUGGCGACUGUAAUGUUGGCUUAAGGAGCCAUUUUUCACCUAGGUUAUAUAUCUGAGUUUCUAACACUGUGUGUAAGAUAUUUUAGAUAUUGCUGAGUGGAUUGGUAAUGGCCCCAAAUGCAAGUCCAAAUGAGUUUCUAAUUCUCUCCUUCAGUGAUUAGCCAAGAACUCUUAAUCCCUUGCACACGGCCUACUUACAGUUAGUAGCAUAUGCGUGUUUAAUACAGUCGUUUCACUCUCAUUACUCUAGGUCAGGAUGGCUGUCCAGUUGGCUACCUGCUUGGUGUCCUACAUCACUGGUACAUCUUAAGGAUGCUGAAGAGAAAAUAUUGAAAUGUAAGCACUUUGUGGUAAGAAACCUCAGGAAUUACUACACGUGAGCACCGUGGAAAGAAUGUGGGGUUUUCAUCAGGCCUUGUUUAAAGCACAGUUGUCGAUAUCUUCUGCUAGGGAUUGAGGGUUUUGUGAAAUUUUCAUUAGGCUGAUUUUCUCCCCUCCCCGUAAAAGAAGAAUGAGUGGGACCAAAGUUAUGCUAGUUACACAUCCAGACAGGCAGUUCUUGUGAGAUCUGCUCCAGAUAAAUGCCAUCAGUGAAUAAAUUUUUGAGGAUGUAGGGCGGACUGCAAUAUGAGUUCCGCCUUUGAACUUUUCCCCCUUAUUUUUCCUUUUGGUGUGAUUGGUCCUGAGAUACUGUUGCACUUUUUGACCAUUGCCCUACCUUCUUUUUUCUUUAUCUUUUCCUAAAAUUAAUUCAUUUGUGCAAUCUCUUAUUUGAACACAAAAAAGGACUUACAAAAGAUAAGCAAAGUAUAGUACUAUACAAAUCCAAUAUGAUAUUAUUAUUAUUUGUUGAAUUUAUAUACCGCCCUAUACCUGGGGGUAUCAGGGCUGUUCACAGAAUAAAAAUAUAAAACCACAAAAUACAUAAUAAAAAUAAAAACAGCAACCCAAUAGCCCCCAUCCCCAAAAAAACAUGUUUUAAAAGGGUGUAGGAUAUCAAUCAGAUCAACCAAAGGCCUGGUUACAAAGGAACGUUUUUGCCUGGCGCCUAAAGGUGUAUAAUGAAGGAGCCAGGCGAACUUCCCUGGGGAGGGCAUUCCACAGAAGGGGAGCCACUGCAGAGAAGGCCUGUUCUUGUGUUGCAACUAGACCUCUCAAUGAGGCACACGAAGAAGGGCCUCAGAAGAUGAUCUCAGGGUUCAGGUACGUUCAUAUCGAAAGAGGAGGCUCUUGAGGUACCACACCUUUGUUUAUCAGCAAUUUUAAAAAAUGACUCUGUAAACCUGAUAUCCUUCCAGAUCUAUCUGUGUUUAGUUCUUAACAUUUGAGAAUGUAGAGCAUAAGGGAUGGAUGUUUGGCUUAUACAGAUUCUUGCCUUUAUGAGGUCUUGUAAGUUGUGCAAAGACUACACAGUCCUCAAAAGGAGGAGAAAUGUGAGCCUCAUAACGUAACUCUGCCACCUUUAUGGCUAGCACUAAUCCCUGCCAUUCUGAUUUUGUUAUAAAUGCUAUGAUGAAAGUGGGAGUAUCUGCCUGUGGACAUGCUGUAAUAAACGCCCUUAUUUUUAUAGGGCUGUUUAGGUAUCGUUGUUUAAUAAGAUUUGCACUUCUCUUUCUUCAGGUAUCACAAGUACAUACAGUAAACAGUAUGUCUUCAUAUCCAAUGGAAACAAAAUAUGGACGCUAACGUUCUCCCACAGCCUCUCUCAGAAAACUCCCCUUGUCCUCCUCCAUGGGUUCGGAGGAGGUGUUGGACUUUGGGCACUGAACUUUGAAGACCUUUGUGAAAACAGGACUGUGUAUGCAUUUGAUCUCUUGGGAUUUGGACGCAGCAGUAGACCGCAGUUUGACACAGACGCAGAAGUAGCAGAAAACCAGUUUGUAGAAUCUAUUGAAGAAUGGAGGCGGAAAAUGGGAUUGGACAGAAUGAUUUUACUGGGGCACAACCUGGGAGGAUUCCUGGCAGCUGCUUACUCACUGAAGUACCCAUCAAGGUAUCUGAAAAUAAUAGACGAGCGGAAGUUCUUCCGGCAUUUCAUUCGAAAUUCAGUUAUAGGUUUGACAGCAUAACAUUGUCAAACCUGUAUGAGGCAUUCUGGUUAGAAAACAUUCUCUAAUGAGGUUGAGAUAGAGCAUUGUUGAAAAACUAGUUUCAUAACUUUAAACUUAAAAUGCAAAUUGUAUUUAACUUGCAUCAUAUGUUUUCCUCUGAUUGCACUUGCAUGCAAUGUAGGGUGUUUUCUACUCUCAAAUUUCUCAGCGUACCUUAGAUUUUGUGUCCAGGGUGUAGCCGCAGAGUACUUGUAAGCUGUGGUGUAGCCAGACUACCCACUGUUUUUACACAGCCACAUGUCACGUUACCAGCAUGCAAUCACACUGGCCAGAAUUUUUUUAAAAAAUCCUUUUAGGUGAAAGCAUGUUUUAGUUACAUAUCAGAAUAACAAGUGCAGGACAAUAGUAACUAUAGCAUACUCAUUUCUUUGUUAGCUGCUUGGAUUAUGAGCUGGGCUUGAGCACAACUACAGAACAGAACCUAAAGGAGGGUUUUUGAUUUGGUUUGGUUUGGUUUAUUUUGUGUUUUUAUGUUGCAAACCACCCUGUGAUCGACAGACGAAGGGUGGUAUCCAGAUAAUAAUAAUAAUAACAACAACAACAGGGCUGGCUAGCUGGUAGUCCUUCAGAUGUUGUUGGACUUCAGCUCCCAUCUGCCCCAGCCAGCAUGACCAAUGGUCAGGGGUGAUGGGAAUCAAGAGUCUCAACAGCCUCUGGAUGGCCACAGGUUAGCACUAAAGGAACUGGGGGUGGAGUGGGGAGAUGGCUUGUGAUGGCAAAGGCAAGAAGCUAUGGGUUAACCUAAAGCUGCAGUGUCUGAACAGAACUGAAACCCUGUCCAAGGCUGCCAAGUACCUAGAACUGGUCACAUGCGAGUUAGCAAAACAAUUCCGUCUUUCUUUGUAAAUGCCUAUUCUUGAAUGACUUUCAUAGUAUUGUUGCUUAUUUAUUUGCAUGUGUUUCCUAGCAGGAUGGUCUCAGUGAUAGGAGCCAAUUCUGAGGGGCUCAAGUCCCUUUAGUCCCCCAAAUAAAAUAUUUGAGGCGGCCAGCCCCCCCCAAAGUUGAUGGGCAUUGCCAUUCAGAUGGUGUGCAUGUUCCGUGUUUUGUGGUCAGUUAUGCAGGGCUUACCUGGGCAUCCCUCCAUUAUUUUAUUCAAGUUGACACCCCUGGGACUCUCAGUAGAAUUUUUUGGGGUGCUGUAAAAUCCACAUAACAUAUCUGGUGGUAACAUGAAUGUCUGCUCAUGCUUUUACGUAGGUCAUAUCUCGUUUUCCUUGGAGGCAUCCGCUUUCAUUUCUAGCCAGUGGCUAUGGCAAAUGGUCAAUUGGUUCUCGUCAUAGGCCCAUAUAGUUCAGUAUUGCCUGCACUGACUGGUAACAGUUUCUCCAGGGUUUCUAAAUGGAGUCUUUCCCAGGCUGACGUGGAGAUAAUCGGUACUGAACUUGGGAUUUUUGUUUGCAAAGCAUGUGCUCUUUUACAGAGCUACAGAAGCAAUUGCUGGAUUAAGCCACUACAUUAUAAUGUGUAACUUAUUGGAGCUGAAUAAGUAGGCAGUUUUUGGAAAUUAAAAUAGAACGUGAUGAUUUGCUUUGGUUAUCUCUGGAAUGCCAUAUAUUCUAAGGAAAUUGAUGUGUUUAACUGGGCAGAUACCACUAUCUCUCAAGAACUAGAAUGCUGACAAACCCAAAGGAUUGGAGUAUAAAGGACAAAUAUUUGCAAAAUGAGUUGAGCUUUACAUUUAAAGGAAGUAAAUACCAUUCCUUAUGCUGCAGGACAAGUCUGUUUAAGAGAAGUUUUCUAUGUAAAGAAGGAAGGCUGACCUUUUCCUUAAAUGCCACAGAAUGCAAAUCUUAAACAGGCAAUUCCCAAUGAAACUAUCUGGAAACUAGUUGGGAUAUAUUUCUGGCAGGCUUUUGAGAAAUGAAAUACAGAUGCAUGAAGUAUGAUUUGAUAGUUGUGCAUCCGUGAUGAAAAUGUGAUGUUCAAGCUUAUCAGCUAUAAGUACCUUUCAUACCAGGUGGCUGUAAUAGUAUUCAGGAAAAAGAGUUUUUUACCAGUAAUGGUAUAGUGCUGGAAUCAAACAUGCCAAGAAUAGUUACAGGUGAUCCACAAUUUUUAUUAAAAAAAAAUAGGGUACUUCUGUUUGCAAACCAAUUUGCAGCCCAAUCCUAGCCUCUUUUCUUGGAUGUAAGCUCCACAAAUUAAAUGCAAAAUUACUAAGCUGUCUAGAUGAAUGCUGUUGCUCAUCUUUAUUUUUUUUUAAAAGAAAAAAGCUGGAAAGGCAGGCAGGCAAGAAUACUUUAGUAGACGAUCAUGCAAAUGCUUGUUGCUUUUCUGUACAAGUUUGGCAGAGGAAGAGAACACUAAUGGAACAUAAAAGACUAACACAUCACUAUGAAGAUGGUGACUUUCCUUGCACAAAUAUCAGUUUUGUAUCAUGUGAUAAAAACAGCUAGUUGGAGAUGCACCCCUUUUCACUCUGAAGAAAAAUUGAGCCUUGCUUGUCUCUUAGUGAAUACAUAUCUUCAUUCUUCAUGCAGUUUAUCACCUUUAGCCAAUUCCAGAUCGUAUAUGGCUGGACAAUUACAAAUGUUAUUCUAGAGUAUGCAAGUGGUAAGAGAGUGCUUGUAUGGAGAUCUGUUUAGUACUUAGCUGUAUUGAGAUCUUCUAAUGACAUAUAGUGUUUGGCUAGUGUAUCUCAAGAAUAUUCUGAUGUGACAUUUUAGUAGUUCAGCAAGGCUGCCAUCUUACACACAUGUACUUCCAAGAAAAUCCCUUGCACAUAUAUGAUUAUGUGUCACAUAGAAUCAUAGCUAGCUAUCUCUAACCACAAGUUAAAGCACAGAUUUGCACAGACUGUAGGAAAUACUCUGGGUUGCAUAAUACUACUAGCGGCUGCGCAGUAAAUGUCCUUUGAAUUUUGACCGCCCAUAAUCUCCUUUUGUUUCUUGAAAUUGGGGUAUUUAUUCUAUAGGGAGGGGAGGGUAAUACUUAAAAGGAGUUGAGGCAGUAGCAGGUGGCAGAGCUUUGUUCUGUGUUAAGAGCAGGAGCAACCUAAAAUCAUUUCAUCUGAAAGCUUAGGUGGGGUAGAAAUACCCUUGGUGAUGCUGGCUCUAAAAUACCACGUGUACUAUAAUACAUGUGCUCCUAUUGACGAAACGUCCUAACUUUUAUACCUGCAGAGCAAAACAUCUCAUAUUAGUGGAGCCGUGGGGUUUCCCAGAGAGGCCUUCCAGUGCCGAACAUGAGAGGCCCAUUCCAAUCUGGAUCAAAGCACUUGGAGCAGUUUUGAGUCCAUUUAAUCCACUGGCUGGUCUCAGAAUAGCAGGACCCUUUGGUGAGUGCUAGCUAACGGUUUGUGCUGGUGCCAUUGCCUCCUUAACAAAGGGAUUACCAUCUGCCAUCAGUACUGAAAAUGUAAUAGCUUAGACUUUAGGGCGGCUUUCAGUCCCCAUCUGCCACACACCAGCAGUCUAGUGUGGUAGGCAGUGCAGUGUUUUUAGAACACAUGAUCCCAGUGGGCUCCCCCACUCACUAUCCAAGCAGUCACAUUCUGCACUAGCUGCAGCUUUUGGGCAGCCUCCAAGGGCAGCCCCACAUAACAGUGCAUUGCAGCAGUCCAGAUGGCAGGUCAGAGAAUGGACAGCCGAAGCCUGGCUGUCCCACUCCAAGAACAGCUGUAGCUGGUGCAUUGGCCUAAGCUGAGCAUAAGCACUCCUUCCCUAACUGCUUCUGCUUUCCAGCUAACUCACAUGCUGUAACGAUGUAUUUAUUCCAUUAUAUGAGGAGGAGACUGCCACCUGCAGUGAUGCUCAGUGUGUGCAGAUACUACCAUUCUGCCUAAUUGCUCUGGCCUGUGCUUCUCUCACCAGAGUAAAGCAGAGAUGGGGAUCAGGAUCAGCCAUGUUUAAUUCUCCUUAAGAUGACAAAACUGUUGCGAGCUGCGUUCUCAUUGCUGUUGAAGGCUGCGGGUAAUCGGUGACGGGGGCACAUACUGGAGGCCGGCAGCCCACCAUUUGUCUUCUAGCUGCUGGGGGAGGGGGGGACAGAUCACUCCAGAUAGAGAGAGAGAUGGAGAUCUUCAUUCUUGAUGAUCCACAGCUGUGAAGCACUGUUGCUGAUCAUUUUUAAAGCACCACCCUGCCAGGUUCUAAUUCUUUUUCGCCUUGAUUCACGACAGGAUUGAGCCUUGUACAGCGCAUUAGGCCCGACUUCAAGAGAAAGUACUCUUCCAUGUUUGAUGACGACACGGUCACUGAAUAUAUCUACCACUGCAAUGUGCAGUCACCAAGGUAAGCAUACAUUAGCAAGUUCUAGAUGCUCACAGCAGUAGCAGCACAUGGGGCAUAGCAAGUGGCGUAACGUAGGUUGCCAGCUAGGAUAACUUUGACUGUGAUAUCCUUGCCCAGCCAGGAUGCAUAAGAGGCAUUCUUAUGGGCUUCCCUUCAUGUGCAAAACUCUCUUGGCCUAGCAGGCAAGCAAAGUCUACUUCCUGGAGAGGGUAGAAUUUCCUGUUUAAAGAUGGCAGGGACUGAAGUACAACUUUUUCUUUUACAUGGCUUAAUAUAAUACAUGGGGCGUUCUGUUGUGAUAUUUAGUAAACUCUAGAAUAAUUUGCCUUUUUGCCAUUAAUUAAUCCAGCUGAUGGGUUACAAAAUCCACUUUAAUCAUCUGGGGGCUGUUCAGCUCAGCAAACUUUUGGGAUGAGAGGUCUUGAGGUUGCUUUGCCAGCCCUCUGACGCCAUUUUGAUUGAACAUUUGCCGUACACUCUCCAUGGUUUUACGAUUUUAGCACCCCAUCCCAAGGAAGCUGCUUCUUAUCCAUGGAAAUAAAAAAAUUCCUUCCAGUAGCACCUUAGAGACCAACUAAAUUUGUUAUUGGUAUGAGCUUUCGUGUGCAUGCACACUUCUUCAGAUACACAUGUUUCGACCAUGGCAGACCAACACGGCUACCUACCUGUAACUUAUCCAUGCAGAGAGAGAGAGAGAGUUGGUGGUACUACCACCUAAGCAUCAAUAUGUCUUUCUUUUUGCUGUGCUAUACUUGCAAGGUUCCUGCAUUAUUGCUGUGCUUAUUUAAAGCAUUAAAGAGCAGUAGUCUCGUAAUCUGGUGAACCGGGUUCGCUUCCCCGCUCCUCCACAUGCAGCUGCUGGGUGACCUUGGGCCAGUCACACUUCUCUGAAGUCUCUCAGCCCCACUCACCUCACAGAGUCUUUGUUGUGGGGGAGGAAGGGAAAGGAGAAUGUUAGCCGCUUUGAGACUCCUUCGGGUAGUGAUAAAGUGGGAUAUCAAAUCCAAACUCUUCUUCUUCUAACUUCCGGAAAUGUGUUUUUGUAUGGAUGUUUGUGCUAAUGGGAAGCUUCAAACCUUGAUGUGUUUUCUCACUUUAAAUAUACUUCACGUAGGACAAAACUUGCUUUUUUAAAAAAACAAGAACUGCGGUGUUAGGGAGUAGCAGAUUGAUACAGGCCAGGUACUCUGUGCCCGAAAAUUCAGCUUCGUUUUUCAUUGAUAUCUUUUAAGUGGUGAAACGGCUUUCAGAAACAUGACGGUUCCCUAUGGAUGGGCGAAAAGACCGAUGCUGCAGCGGAUUGCCCACAUGCACCAGGACAUUCCUAUCACUGUGAUUUAUGGAGCACGAUCGUGCAUAGAUGGCAAUUCGGGGACCACCAUCCAGUCUCUGCGACCAAAUUCAUAUGUGAAAACGAUAGUAAGUGGGACGUUCUAGACGCCGUGUUUGCUAUUAGGAAUUCGCCUGCUCCUCUUGUCUUUCAGUGACAGCUUUAGGAUUGUAAGGUCACAGCGUAAAAUUAAAACCCAAAAUGAAAAGUGAAAUUUCCCUUUACAACGCUUUGCCAGUACCACUGUAAGACUUCCCUACCUUUCAUGCAUAAAUGCAAAAUGUAAUAUGUGUCCACGUAGAUUGAUUCAGAACUUCGUUUGCCCUGCUGCAGAGAAUCUGUGGUUACAGUAAUGCUGGCUAAAUUCCCCUUGCUGAACAGAUAAGGGUGAAGAGGAUUUCUGCCCUUGACCUGUUCCCUUUAACACUUGCAAAUUUUUCAGGUUUGGGAAGAGCCACUUCUGCAAGUUAGGCUACUACACUUAGAAUCAUAGAAUCAUAGAGUUGGAAGAGACCACAAGGGCCAUCAAGUCCAACCCCCUGCCAAGCAGGAAACACCAUCAGAGCACUCCUGACAUAUGGUUGUCAAGCCUCUGCUUAAAGACCUCCAAAGAAGGAGACUCCACCACACUCCUUGGCAGCAAAUUCCACUGUCGAACAGCUCUUACUGUCAGGAAGUUCUUCCUAAUGUUUAGGUGGAAUCUUCUUUCUUGUAGUUUGGAUACAUUGCUCCGUGUCCGCUUCUCUGGAGCAGCAGAAAACAACCUUUCUCCCUCCUCUAUGUGACAUCCUUUUAUAUAUUUGAACAUGGCUAUCAUAUCACCCCUUAACCUCCUCUUCUCCAGGCUAAACAUGCCCAGCUCCCUUAGCCGUUCCUCAUAAGGCAUCGUUUCCAGGCCUUUGACCAUUUUGGUUGCCCUCCUUCCUUCCUUCCUUACUUACAUAGAUGCACCUUGCAACGGCCAGUGGCAAACAUCAAAAAUGUGAAUUUCAGCAAAAUGCUGCUUCAAGAAUAUUAUUCUAUCCAGCUUCAGCAUGAUUGCCAUAGGAAAAAAUCCAAUAAAUCUAAAACUAAUUUCUCCUCUUCCCCUUCCCAAUCUAUUUUUUGCAUAGUACGUGUAAGAAACACCCCUGAAGAGUAACACGACUUUUGCAUUUCCUUUUUUAAAGUUAUUUUUGCCUUCGUCAAAUUACUCUUACAGCUUCAGUUGCUGUUUGGGGCAAACUAGUUUAAGGACUCGUGAUUGUGGGGGGCAGGGGGAGGGAGAUCAUAAACAAGAAUACCAUCAAUUUGUUUCUAAAAUUUAUUUAAAUGAAGUUUGUUUAUUUAAAAGUGUCUCCUAUGUACUGAGUUUUGCACAUAAAUAGAGAGAACAGAGCCUUUGCCUGCAGCACCACAAUCUAAAGAAAAAGGCGAGUCAGAGAGAAAAGAGAAAAUUGGGGUGGAAGGAAGGAAUUAAGCAUUUUGCGUUUUAGUAUUCCUGUCACAAAUUCCUCCUACAUCCUGUUUGGUUUUGUCAACUUUAUCAGCUAGAGACAGAACUCAAGUUGAAAUUAAAAUUAUGUGUGUGCGCAGUGACUUGGUUCUUUAUCAUUACGCUGGUGCAAAUUUUCAGCAGUGUGCUGGUAUCCCAAACUGGAAAAGGGGCAUGAUAGUGGCUUGCUUACCUUGGAACCUUAAAAAGUUAUGGCUCUACAGAGCCACCUGUGUCAAAGCGAGCGUGAACUGGAUAAUAGUUGGAUGUUUUACAGUGGGGCUGCAAGUAAAGGCAGAGACCCUUGACCUGAGUUUUUGCCCAUGCUGUUGCAAAAAUGUGGAUUUGGGGAGAGGAUAUAUUUUCGUAGGCGAUAGCCAACGAAGCCGUUCUAAGAGUAAAGUCACUGAUAGACGUAAGUAGCUUAAAUCAAUUUACUUCAGUGGUCUGUUCUGAGUACAGUCGUACCUCAGAAGUUGAACAGAAUCCGUUCCGGAAGGCCGUUCGACUUCCAAAACGUUUAGAAACCAAAGUGCAGCUUCUUAUUGGCUGCAGGAAGUUCCUGCAGCCAAUCGGAAGCUGCAGAAGCCGCAUUGGAUGUUGGGGUUCCAAAGAACAUUCACAUACCGGAACACUCACUUCUGGGUUUGUGGCUUUUGGGAGCUGAAACGUCUUGAGCUCCGGGGUGUUCGGGAUCCAAGGUACGACUGUAUGACUUAGUUGACAUCACCUAAAAUUUAACCACUUCAUUGGCUAUGAAAAGCUCUUUUUCUUGCAAGUACCUUAAACUGAUUCCCCUUCCCCUUCUCCUCUUCCAUAGGCUAUCCUUGGUGCUGGGCAUUAUGUGUAUGCUGAUCAACCUGAAGACUUCAACCAGAAAAUAAAAGAGAUCUGCAAUUCUGUGGACUGACGGCAUUCUCUUCUUUGCAAAAGCCAGACGCAAUUAAAAGCAAUACUUUGCAGCAUAUUAUAAAAGAUAAGGAAUACAGAGGUUUAGCAAGCAAACACAGAUUUUACUUGCACCACACCUUUCAAAACGUUUGCACAAUUUAAACCAUGCAGUGCCUUUUGCUGGGAUGGGGAGAGAAAACUUUGUAUAUUUUAGUUGGAUGCUGUUCUUUAUAUAUUUAGAUAAGGUGUUUGUCUCUAUAUACAUAUGUUAAACACAUUUUAAAACUGGAUUUUAAAUUUUUUUUUUGAAGAAUGUAGAGCUUUUAAAAUGGUGUUCUAUACAUACAGCAAGCGUUUCAACAUUCUUAAUAAUAAUAUACGUAGCAAAAUUGCAGUUUGGCUACUUCAGCAUUCAGAACCCAUACGUUGUAGCUUCUCAGUUUUUCAUUGUGAUAGGAAGGAUUUGCAUAGGAUAUCUUCACAUUUUAUUGUACCUUACGAAGUGGACUUUGCCAAAAUAAUUAACAACGAUGAACACCCAGGAAAAGAACAAACGUAGGAAAAGUUAGGGAAAGACUCAAGUAGUUAUAUUGGAACCUUUGUUCGCUGCAGUAACUGUUGUUCUUGGGUCUUUGGUUUCCCAGGGGAGCUGCAUUUUGUGGGAUGCUAAUAUUGCUAAUGCUUAUGCUUUUAAAGAGACAAUGUAGAAUCCAGUGGAUCUGAAGACUAAUUGCCUUCACACAACCUGUUCAUUUGGUGAUAAGAUUAUUGCAAGAUCUACUUCGGAACUGAUUCUCAUGUUUGUACAAGUUGGGAUAGAAUUCCAUGUUUAAUUAGUCCUUGGAUAAAGUGGUCUCAAAGUGUGAAUAUGCUUUUUCUUAUAAACUAUUGGAAUUUUGAGCCAGUCUGACUGGAAAAUGCCUAGCAGUCAAAACCCAGGUAUCCUGUAAGAAGAAGGCAUUUUAGAUUAAAUAAGACAGAUGAAUCAAGAAACCUAAUCUUACCUCAAAAUGUUUUUAUUAAAAUACUUGAUUUUAUGCAGUGUUUUUAAUAAGAGCUUAUUUAGGCUCUGGUUCUUUACAGAACUGUAUGUUUUUAGGUACUUGGUUAAUAAUAAGAUAAGCUGGGGGGUUUUGGUCAACUUUACAGCAAUGGAAUGCUUGUAAACCAAACUGUCUGCACAAUAACUUAUUGGUUAGCUUUUGAAUGUUGGAAUAACUACUGAAUCUUCAAUCUUUCUUACAUAAAGUUUUUGAACCAGUCUGAAA